AUGACGGAUGCCGCGCCAGAGGGCAAUCGACCUGUCGAGCUCGUUGUGAUGGUGCACGGCUUGGACGGCUUCCCCAGUGACUUCGAUCUCUGGGUCAGUUGCCUAGCAGGGCUGAAGCCAGAAUUGAGGACCAUGGCUUCCGAAUCCUUCACCGCCUCCUGCUGCUUCUGGAACGGCAGCGGCUGCAUUGUGCAAUGGGCAAGAAGCCUGGCAGGCGAAGUUUCAGCUCAAGUCGAAGCCUUGGCUAAGGAGGGUGCACGAAGUGUUGUCCUCCACUUUGUUUGCCACUCCCUUGGAGGGCUCAUCACCAGACAGGCUUUGCCCCUUCUGAAAACAUUCACAUUGCCGGUGAGCUUUGGGCAUCUCAUCACGCUCAACUCACCCCACAUGGGAGUGCGGAACUGGUGGAAGGGUUUGGGGGGACUUUUGGCUAGACUAGUUGGGAAAUUCCAGUAUCUUAGACAGCUGACCUUGCAUGAUGACAGCCAAGCUGGUAUGUGCUAUCUGGAGCAACUGGCCAAUGAAACUGCAUGCCUUAAAGAGUUCCAGAGUCGGACAGCUGUCGCUGCCACUCACUUUGAUGUCAUGGUUCCUUUCUGCACCGCGGCGAUCUGCUCCACGAAUCCGUUCCCAUCACCCAGCAGCGGGGAACGUUUUUGGCGCGUGGACGCUGUUCAUGGCUUCAGCGGCAGCACAGCUUUCGUGACCAGCCCUGAGGCGCACAGUUGCGCCAGAGAGUUCGAAGAGAGCCUUAAAGAAGAUCUGAUCAAAGCAGGCCAAGAGGGAAUGCUGAGCUCCAGCGACCACGCAGUUGAGUUUACAGCAGCCACUCUCAAGGGAAUGCAGACUUGCCAGUGGCGGCGUGUGGCCUACACCCUUUCCAUGAGGAGAGAAGAUGCUCAUCUCUUUGCAGUCGGCAAGGAUCACAGGUGUAACGAGGCCGAAGAAGGGUCGAGAGCCUUCAUUCAGCAGCUGAUUCGGUCGGUCUUCACCUGA